AUGCAGUUGCAAAACAAUAUUGUAGAUAGAUUAGACGUCAGAGUUAAUUCUUCUGAGAAUAUUGUUAAUAGACUCAAUCUUGUUGUAAACCAGUGUAUUAAUACUAACUCCAAAUUAUUAACAGAUAAUACUAAGGAAAUCAAUCAUUCCUUGGUUAAUAUUACCACUUGUGAGAAACAGAGCACUAUUUAUACAGACAUAACAAACUCUGGUGAUACUUCUAAACAGAUAGAAAAUAAACAGUCCUCUUUAGAGCAAAAUACUGAUUUACAAAAAAUGCAAACUCCCAAAAUAGAUAUACACCCUUUAAUACAAGAAUUAAAAAUGGAUUCUUCGGAAGAAGUUUACGUUAAGACUGUUAAUAUAGAUAAAAAUUCUACUGGUAAUCAAUCAUCUGCAAUCAAAUUGGUACAUCUAUUUGAAAGAAUAUGUUUUGCAGAAUUCAAUACUAUACGAGCUAAGCAAGAGGAAAUUGCUAAAGAUAAGAUUUUGCGAAUUAAGAUUUAUAGCACAAAUAAACUUUCAAAAUUAACUGACACGCAAAUUGAUACAAUCAUAUAUGAAGUGAGUCGUAUCACAAAAAAAUGUGGUACUAACCUCCCACUGCGUGAAAAAAUUUCAUGCUCUUACAUGACCGACUCUGAACCUUCUCAUAAUCAAGAUUCAGACAUAUCAAAAAUCCAG